AUGGACACUCAGCCCUUCCAUCGACAAGAGAAAGGAAAGAGGGGGCCAAAGGUGGAGACCCCCAGAGCAGAAUGCAGCCCAGGGUCGGGGCCAUCUCAGCAGCUUCACCUCGGAGCAGCUGCAUUCCUAGCAGGGGCAGGAUUUGUCCUCGCUGUGGUGGCUGGGUGCUGCUUCAGGGUUGCUCCAAGGAAGACAGAUUUCAGGAUACAGGUAGAGCGGCUGGAUCUCCGGCAGGAUGGGCUGACCAUCAAAGGCCAGAAGGGAGAGGAGGCCUUCAAGCUGGCCUUCCAGUCGGGCAUCCUGGACCUGAAGUCUUGUUCCGAGGGAGGCCGAACUUUGACUUGCACCGGAACAGACAAAGGGAAGAUUAACUUUGUGAUCCGGACGGAUGAGCCCAAGGGGGUGGGGAGGUGCUAUUCCCUCAGCUGGGGAGAGUUUGCAGCAGACACGGUGGUGGAGCACAAGAUGUUCUGGGGGGACGCCCACUGGUACGGCGGCUGUGAGAUGAGUGUGCAGCACUGGCCGAUCCGGCUGCCGGGCUCCCAGGAGCCCAUGCCGUUUGUGACCAGCGACGUGUACUCGUUCCGGAACAGCUUUGGGGGCAUCCUGGAGAGGUACUGGCUCUCCUCCAAGGCAGCGGCCAUCAAGAUCAAUGACUCCGUGCCCUUUCACCUGGGGUUCAACGCCACGGAAAGGUCCCUCGUCUUCCAAGCCAGGUACAAAGAUUCUCCCUACAAGCCGCCGUUGGGGCAGCAGCCUUUCCCAGAACUGAGCUACCGUGUCUGCAUAGGUUCCGAUGUCACCUCCAUCCACAAAUACAUGGCGCAGAGCUAUUUCAAAAAACCCAUGAAGGUGCCUUCCGAAAAAAUGUUCACGCUGCCCAUCUGGUCAACAUGGGCCAUGUACAAAAAGGAGAUUGACCAGGAUAAACUUCUAGAAUUUUCCCGAACCAUCCGGAAGCACCAUUUCAAAUACAGCCACAUCGAAAUAGAUGAUAUGUAUAUGCAGAAUUAUGGUGACUUUGACUUUGACCCCCUAAAGUUCCCUCACGUGACGGAGAUGUUUGAAGAGCUGAAGAAAGAUGGGUUUGAUGUCACUCUCUGGAUGCACCCCUUUGUACAUGCAGAUUCCCCAAACUUUGAGGUGGGGAUAAAGCGACAACUUUUCGUCACAGAGCCAACGGGGACAUUGCCAGCCGUGGUCGAGUGGUGGAACGGCGUUGGCGCCAUAUUGGAUUUCACCAACCCUUCAGCCAGGGAUUGGUUCCAAAGCCACCUGAGGCAGCUCUCCUCAAAAUAUCACAUCUCAUCCUUCAAGUUUGAUGCUGGUGAGACAUGUUACCUGCCUGACCAGUUCAGCAGCUUCCAACCUUUACUGGACCCCAGCACCUGGUCCAGGCAGUAUGCAGAAAUGGCCGCUCCUUUUUAUGAGCUGGCUGAGGUCCGGGUUGGCUACCGAUCCCAGGAUAUUGCCUGUUUUGUCCGAAUCAUUGACCGGGACUCAAUUUGGGGGCAUGAGCUUGGACUAAAGUCCUUGAUACCUACCGUGUUGACUAUUGGCCUUUUAGGAUACCCUUUCAUACUACCUGACAUGAUCGGUGGAAAUUUCUUUCCCAACAAAACCGAUGGUGCGGUGGAAAUCCCAGACCGAGAGCUCUAUAUCCGCUGGCUGGAGCUGUCGGCCUUCAUGCCGUCGAUGCAGUUCUCCAUCCCGCCUUGGCUGUACGACAGAGAGGUCGUUGACAUCGCCCUGAAGUUCACGAGGCUCCACGAGGCCCUCGAUGAGCUACAGGCUCAGACGGAGAAGCCGGUGGCCCGCCUGGUCGAGCAUCCCCGACACCAAAAGGCAGCUGCUCUCCCAGGUGACCCGGGAGACCACACAGGGCGAUGA